UCAAAUCACUAACCACUUGUCUCUUCUGUUUCCUCUUUCCUCUCUGUCUGCCCCGUCCAAUUUUCCUUCCCUUCUCCCACCUCUCCUCUGUAUUUUUCUGUCCAUCUGUCUGUCUGUCUGAAUCUUGCAUACCGUGUCCCUCCUCCCCGAAGAUCGGGCCUGCCUUCACCUUCUCCCACUUCCUUCCCCUUCCCCACCCCUUGCCCCCUCCAUGGAGAGGAAUAGAUCUCUCCUCUGUCCAGUCUAACCCAGGGCCCUCCCCAACCCCCUCCUCCCUCCUUUCCCCCACCCCCUCCUCCCUCCUGGGGCGAGGGGGGCCUCCCUCCCUUCCCCCCCUUCUCUCUCUCUCCGAGGGGGGGGGGUCCCAGGGAGGGAGGGGGGGGUCCCCCGAUCAGCAUGUGGCUCCUGGCGCUGUGUCUGGUGGGGCUGGCGGGGGCUCAGCGGGGGGGAGGGGGUCCUGGCGGCGGCGUCCCGGGCGGCCCGAGCCUGGGCCUCAGCAGCCUCGGGGAGGAGCGCUUCCCAGUGGUGAACACGGCCUACGGGCGAGUGCGCGGUGUGCGGCGUGAGCUCAACAACGAGAUCCUGGGCCCAGUCGUGCAAUUCUUGGGUGUGCCCUACGCUACGCCACCCCUCGGCGCCCGCCGCUUCCAGCCGCCCGAGGCCCCCGCCUCGUGGCCCGGCGUGCGCAACGCCACCACCCUGCCGCCCGCCUGCCCGCAGAACCUGCACGGGGCGCUGCCCGCCAUCAUGCUGCCUGUGUGGUUCACCGACAACUUGGAGGCGGCCGCCACCUACGUGCAGAACCAGAGUGAGGACUGCCUAUACCUCAACCUCUACGUGCCCACCGAGGACGGUCCGCUCACAAAAAAACGUGACGAGGCGACGCUCAAUCCGCCAGACACAGAUAUCCGGGACUCUGGGAAGAAGCCUGUGAUGCUCUUUCUGCACGGCGGCUCCUACAUGGAGGGCACUGGGAACAUGUUCGAUGGCUCCGUCCUGGCUGCCUAUGGCAACGUCAUUGUAGCCACACUCAACUACCGCCUUGGGGUGCUCGGUUUUCUCAGCACUGGGGACCAGGCUGCAAAAGGCAACUACGGACUCCUGGACCAGAUCCAGGCCCUGCGCUGGCUCAGUGAAAACAUUGCCCACUUUGGGGGCGACCCCGAGCGCAUCACCAUCUUUGGGUCUGGGGCAGGGGCCUCUUGUGUCAACCUUCUGAUCCUCUCCCAUCAUUCAGAAGGGCUGUUCCAGAAGGCCAUCGCCCAAAGUGGCACUGCCAUUUCCAGCUGGUCUGUCAACUACCAGCCGCUUAAGUACACGCGGCUGCUGGCGGCCAAGGUGGGCUGUGACCGGGAGGACAGUGCUGAAGCUGUGGAGUGUCUGCGCCGGAAGCCUUCCCGGGAGCUGGUGGACCAGGACGUGCAGCCUGCCCGCUACCACAUCGCCUUCGGGCCCGUGGUGGAUGGUGACGUCGUUCCCGAUGACCCUGAGAUCCUCAUGCAGCAGGGAGAAUUCCUCAACUACGACAUGCUCAUCGGUGUCAACCAGGGAGAGGGCCUCAAGUUCGUGGAGGACUCCGCAGAGAGUGAGGACGGUGUGUCCGCCAGCGCCUUCGACUUCACAGUCUCCAACUUUGUGGACAACCUGUAUGGCUACCCGGAGGGCAAGGAUGUGCUGCGGGAGACUAUCAAAUUUAUGUACACGGACUGGGCCGACCGGGACAAUGGCGAGAUGCGGCGCAAGACCCUGCUGGCGCUCUUUACUGACCACCAGUGGGUGGCACCAGCUGUGGCCACCGCCAAGCUGCACGCCGACUACCAGUCUCCUGUCUACUUUUACACCUUCUACCACCACUGCCAGGCUGAGGGCAGGCCCGAGUGGGCAGACGCAGCGCAUGGGGAUGAGCUACCCUACGUCUUCGGUGUGCCCAUGGUGGGUGCCACUGACCUCUUCCCCUGCAACUUCUCCAAGAAUGAUGUCAUGCUCAGCGCCGUGGUCAUGACCUACUGGACCAACUUCGCCAAGACUGGUGACCCCAACCAGCCAGUGCCACAGGACACCAAGUUCAUCCACACCAAGCCCAACCGCUUUGAGGAGGUGGUGUGGAGCAAGUUCAACAGCAAGGAGAAGCAGUACCUGCAUAUCGGCUUGAAGCCCCGCGUGCGUGACAACUACCGCGCCAACAAGGUGGCCUUCUGGCUAGAGCUCGUGCCCCACCUGCACAACCUGCACACGGAGCUCUUCACCACCACCACGCGCCUGCCUCCCUACGCCACUCGCUGGCCGCCUCGCCCACCCCCCGGCGCCCCGGGCACACGCCGGCCCCCACCGCCUGCCACCCUGCCACCGGAGCCUGAGCCCGAGCCCGGCCCCAGGGCCUAUGACCGUUUCCCCGGGGACUCCCGAGACUACUCCACGGAGCUAAGUGUCACUGUGGCUGUGGGCGCCUCCCUCCUCUUCCUCAACAUCCUCGCCUUCGCCGCCCUCUACUACAAGCGGGACCGGCGGCAGGAGCUGCGGUGCAGGCGGCUCAGCCCACCGGGCGGCUCAGGCUCCGGGGUGCCUGGUGGGGGACCCCUGCUCCCGGCCACCGGCCGUGAGCUGCCACCAGAGGAGGAGCUAGUGUCACUACAGCUGAAGCGAGGCGGUGGCAUCGGGGCGGACCCUACCGAAGCCCUACGCCCUGCCUGCCCGCCUGACUACACCCUGGCCCUGCGCCGGGCACCGGACGAUGUGCCUCUCUUGGCCCCCGGGGCCCUGACCCUGCUGCCCAGUGGCCUGGGGCCCCCGCCGCCCCCGCCGCCCCCCUCCCUCCAUCCCUUUGGGCCCUUCCCCCCGCCUCCCCCCACCGCUACCAGCCACAACAACACGCUACCCCACCCCCACUCCACUACUCGGGUAUAGGGGGUGGCCUGGGGGGGCCUCCUCCCCGGCCCUCCCGGCCCGGCGGGAAGUGCCACUCCGAAGGCAGGGAGGAGGACUUGGCCACAGGCUUUUCUCGUGUGGAGCUGCCACACGUCAAGGAGCAUUAGGUGGACGUGGGUUUCCUCCCCGGGAUGCGUGUUUUGCCCAUGCAGAGAGGCCCACUCUCUUCUCUGGACCUGGGCCUCUGUACAAUUGGAGGGCGUUUUGUUUGCCCCCCACUGGGACACCAGUCUUCGGUGUGUGGAAACGUGGGAGCAUUUUCCCAUGCGGAGGUGUGCUUUCUCACAAGGGGGUGUGUUUUCCCAUGUGCAGGGUGAGGUUUUUUUUUGCCGCCCUGGACACAUGUUGGCCCCCUCAAAGAGUUUCUGCGGGGAUUUGUACCCCAGAAUCCUGUUCCCUCAUGCCUUCUCCCACCUCCUCCCCCCUCCCCACCCCAUGGAGACCCUGGAAGUGGAGUGUUCACGGACAGUGACCCUUGGCCACCAGACAACGCAGGGUGGUGCCUGGGAAGUAGCGAGGAAAUCACAGCCCCCCCCCCCCGCCCCACACCCCUCCCCAUCCCAGCGAAGCAUGUUCCUCCCCCAUGGCACAAGUCAGAUGGAGCACGUUCUCUCCAGUUGGCCUCGCCUUCCACAGAUGACAGACAAAGAUUCCCUGCCAGGGGGAUGGGAGGAAAUCCGUGCAUCCCUGUGCUGCCUGGGAACUUGUUUUCCCACGGGUCCGGGACACGUUUCUCUGAGUGGAAGUAUGUUCUUGCAUGUGGAUGUGUGUUUUCCCAUGCAGACGGUCCCUUUCUCUGCAGCACCUCCCUGCAUCCACCAGGCCUCAGGCCCGGCACUUAAUUCCUCCUCACACAGCAGGUGGGAACAGACUUCAAACUAACGGAGCUGAGAGCUGACUGGGAUGUACAAACCCUGAGGGGAGAGCUCUGCCCCCCGCCCCAGAUGCUGAGUUGGGGGGUGGGGACAUGGCACCUGUCACCCACAGAGGCCAUGCAUGUUUGACCAAAGCCCUCAUCAGGGUCUGAGGACAGCCUUUCCCUCAGUCUUCAGACCAUUUGCUCAUCCGUGCCAAACUGGGUAGGUGAGUUUGAGGGGGGAAGACCCCCAAAGUGUGCCAAGGAUUCCCCAGUCCUGGGUCAGGGCAGGUCAAUGUGGGGGCACGUGGAUACAGAGGAGGGAAAGUGACAGCUGAAGGGGUCCCGACUGUGUCUCUCUCCUCACCAUGUCUCAUCCCUCCCUCUGUGCCUCAGUUCUCCAUUCCUCCAUCUCUGUCUCCCUCUUUGAAGCCGUCCCCAUCUGUCAGACCAGUUUCUCCCUCAGCUGCCCACUCUCUUCUUUGACCUGCCCCCUCUUCCCUUGGCCACCAGGGCUGAAGGAAAGGAGUGGAGGAGAGGAGAGCAGGGGAGAAAGGCUUCACGGGACAGGCUGGGGACAGAAUGAGGUCAGCUGUGCUGAGGAGCAGAUGGAGGGGGCAGUGGGAGACGGGGCUUGGGCAGACACCAGCAGGAAGAAUUUGAAAGGACAUGUGUGAGGUGACUGCCCGGAGGGCACCUGAGGAGAAAGGGUUUGAGCCUCUGGGGAAAAGAACGAUGUCAGGAAGGGUUUUAAGGGACACCAGUGGAGAAGGAGCGAAUCCUCAUCUGCUGGCAUUUUGUGGGUUUCUUAGUGCCAAACUUGAGUAGGGGGUGGGGUGCUGUCUUCCACUGACACCUAAAUCCAGUAUCCCUGGUCUUGGCUCCCCAGAACUUUGCCUCCUGGCUGUCCCUUCUCCUCCCGCCUCCACCCGUGGAAACUUAGUUCUUUUCCCACCUCUCCCUGCCUGGUCCAGCUCCUCUCCAAACAGCCAUGCCCUCUAAAUGCUAGGGACCUGGGCCCUGAACCCUGUAGACAGAUGCCCCCCAAAUUGGGGCAUGGGAGGGGGGCUGGGGGACCCCAUGAUUCAGCCACGGACUCCAGUGCCCAGCCCCUCUCCCCAGAACAAUUCCCUGACAAUCCCAUGUCCCCACCCCAACCCUUCACGGCUCUGUACACAUUUUUAAACCUGGCAAAAGAUGAAGAGAAUAUUGUAAAUAUAAAAGUUUAACUGUU